UGUGUUAUCUCUGUUGUCUGUUCUGCUGUCUAAAGUCGAAGUGCAAGAGAAGAGUGUAUCGUUGCUUGUAUAAUUUAUUAAAAAUCAAGAAGAAAUUCUCGUUGUCCUUUAGAAAUUUUUGUGUUUAAUUUGUAAAGGUUUAAUUUACUGUGACAUACAAACGAUUAAUAAAUACUGAUUUUUGAUUUAGGCUGUUGUAUCUGUAAUCCAAAUACUGUCCAUUGGAGUAUUUAGCUUUUAAUUUUGUUUUUGUUUAACAACCAGUAAUCUUUAUAAUAACACUAGGAAGUGUUUCUGGUUAACUGAGUACUUAUCUGAUGAAUGAUGAGUGACUAUGAAGAUGCCAUUGAGAGCCUGGACGACGUGGCCGGUGCAGUAGCUAAUGGCACAAGGUUGAGGCACCGGCCCUCCACACUAAACUGGGAUCUAGACCAGAUCUCCCUCAGCUCUGAGGUUCCCGGUCUGCAUGAGGUCAAGGAUCUGCUAGAGUCGGAUGUGUCAAGUGCCCUGUCUGAGGAUGAGCUGGCCGGGGGCUGUCCGUUACCCAGCACGCCUGUCGACCCCAGACUCCUUGAAACUGAGGCGACAGUAGAGGUGCUAAAGGCCCAAAUGGGAGGAGAUGACAUGGACCUGAGUACAUUGGCUCAUAAUGCAGCUGAGCAGGCAGAAGAAUUUGUGCGCAAAGUCUGGGAGGCAUCCUGGUCCGUAUGUCACUUCCGCAGUUUACCGAGGUGGCUACAGGACAACGACUACCUACACGCUGGCCACCGUCCUCCUCUCCCCUCCUUCUCUGCAUGUUUCCGCUCGAUAUUCCGCAUUCACUCUGAAACUGGAAAUAUAUGGACACACUUGCUCGGCUGUGUGGCAUUUAUUGGUGUGGCUAUCUACUUUCUAUCAAGGCCCUCUAUAGAAGUGAACCUACAGGAAAAGCUUGUGUUUGCUGCAUACUUCGCCGGAGCAAUUGUUUGCCUCGGCUUCUCAUUUGCUUUUCACACAGUCCACUGCCAUUCGCAGAGUGUUGGCAAGCUGUUCAGCAAGUUGGAUUAUUGUGGUAUUGCCUUACUGAUCACUGGAUCAUUUGUGCCGUGGCUGUACUAUGGUUUCUACUGCCACUUUCAGUCCAAGGUGAUCUACCUGAGCGUAGUGAUAACACUAGGGCUCAGCGCAAUGAUCGUCUCACUGUGGGACAGGUUCAGUGAGCCAGCCUUCAGGCCCAUAAGAGCAGGAGUGUUCACUGUUUUCGGGCUGAGCGGAGUGGUGCCUGCAAUUCACUAUGCUAUCAGUGAGGGCUGGGUAAACGCCAUCAGUCAUGCGUCCCUCGGUUGGCUCAUCCUCAUGGGGCUGUUGUACAUUUUAGGGGCUGCACUAUACGCUUGGCGAGUACCCGAACGUUUCUUCCCCGGCAGGUGUGAUAUUUGGUUCCAGAGCCACCAAAUCUUCCACGUGCUGGUGAUAGCUGCGGCGUUUGUACACUUUCACGGCAUCACAGAGAUGGCCAUGCAUCGGAUGUCGAUUGGAGAGUGUCUCCCACAGAACCCCAUCUCUCUCUGACACACGAUCCGCUACAUGUAGGCUAAUUCACGUCACUUUAAAUUACAAACAAAAAUUCACCUGUUUUGUUCAAUUUUUCCUGUAUUAGCAAGUUUUAAAAUCAAUAUAAUGUAUAUUGUCAAAUGUCACCAAGAAAAUUGUCUCACUAGUCCUUUACACUGAUUUAACAUUACCACUAAUAUGCUUUAAAACUUUAAACACAAAUAUUUCUUUAAAUGCAACAAAUUGUUACAAUCAUUAUUUCACAGUAGUAAUGUCAGAACAGAGUUGUCACGUCUUGUAGUUCAGUAGUCUUUAUGCACCAAUUAAUAUUAUAUUAUUUUUAUUCAGUGCAAAUUUUCUAAAUUACAUAAUGGUCUACUCUAUUUUUAUUAUUAAAAACAACGUAUAUCUCAAAAUAAUUCAAUAAACUUUUGUAUUAAGGAUGUUUUAAAUAAAUUUGACUUUUUUUUAUUUGGUAUAACCUAACAUUUCAUUACAUUAAAUAUUUCUUUCGUACAAUAUUUAUUACUAAUCUGUUUUUUGAUUAGAGAUUUGCAAAAAUGUUAUAUAUUUUUGUAUUGAAGAUUUAGUUAGGUUUUUAAUUUCAGUCGUAUAUUUGGCAGUUUAUUAUACAAUGAAAUUGCAAUACGGUACCGGCAUAAAUUUGUUUUGUGAAGAAGUAACCCUAGAAGUGGCAAAGCACUUAAAGUAGGUAUAAAAGUACUUAAAGAAGAAAUGCAAAAUUGUAAUUCUAGAUAAUAAAAGACGACAUGUCAUAAACAAUAUACAUUUACCCUAAUUACCAAUAGUUACCUAAAUUUAUAUGGCAAAUCCUUAUUGUAUAAAUUUUCUUACAUAUAUUAUUUACUUUUAAAUAUUAUUCACUACACUUUCUUUCAAACUAUACAUUUUUAUGUUAUAGGUCGUAUUUGAAAAGCAGUUCUUAUUAAGUUGUUAAGCAUUUUAGUUCUGUAUUAUUUUCCUGUUAAUAAAGUAUACUUUUUUGUACAAAUUAAAAUAAACAAGGAGAGCUGUUUGGACUGCUGUUAAGAUUGCUAAUUGUUAAAAAAUAAAAUGUCGUAUUUAUCCUUAAAA